GAGGAAGUUUUCUUAUUUGAACGGACUAUGACGGUGUCAAAAGCAGCUGUUAACAAUCUAUAAUCAUGGUAUGGCCAUUCAGCUCCAAGAGCCCUUCGGACAACUCCUCUUCAGACGAUUUUGAGUCGCGUCAACCUAGGAGAUCAUCCGAACGCAAAAGAGACGGGCCAAACACAUCUCCGACACAACAACAGCUUCUUCUCGAAGAUACUGAGCCUCGUUUCAACAAUGGACCAUCAAAUCCCCAACUACCACUAAAGGAGGCUGUUGAAAGUAUCAAAGCAGAUGACUUCUCCUUCUCCAGACUGUCUCAGAUGCCAUGCUUUAGAGAAGCUGGUCUUACAGGGUUAUCAGCCAUGGCCGUCCUAGGUUCAGUUGUGUUUUUGGUGCAGAAAUCACCCUCAAAGGCGGCCAAUUGGGCAGUUGGUGGGUUACUAUUAGGAAGCACUGUUUCAUGGGAACAGUGUCGUUCACAGAGACGUAAAGAAAUGGCCUUUGCAGCAAAGGCGAGAGAAACUGUCGCAGCGAAGGAGAAACCGAUGGUUCACAAGCAAGACGAGAAUCUCACGGAGGAGAACCAGAAAAACAGGGAGAAGAUGAGUAGUUGGUGGAGCAGAGGCUAAGAAUAAUACUUAAUGUAUAUAUAUCUAUGUCAAGAUUGAAUACAUAACGUUGUACAUAUGGAGAAUCAGACAACGCCAUUGGUGUGU